AUGGACCUCAGUGCUGUAGUGGACGCCGGGAGGAAGGAAACGGCAGAUGCGUCAUGCACAUCUGCCUCGCCCAAAAGGGUGUCGCCAAGUGGGAGGAUAGCAUUGCGACUUGUGUCGCCACAGGGCCGCCCGAGCGCCGAAGGCGAUAGCGCCAAACCUCUGCAGCACGUUCAAGAUUCUAACUUGACCCAGAGGUUUAGACGGGGUAUGGACGAUAAAGGGACUCCCAAAAGGGUGGCACGCAACCGCGGAUACCGGAAGCUGGUGCAAUCCACAUGGCAUGGGGCACUCGACGGUGCACCACUGGUCAGUGACCUCGCUGUGAACCUGAAAAGUGCGGAUCAUAUGGAUACGGCAGUUGCCGAGGGCAGCAGUAGUGACGGUGCGGAGAUGGUGGCCGCAUGCUCAACCAUGAGCACGCCGACUAAAUGCGCGGAAAACAAUCAGUUUACAACGCCGAUGAUCGCGACCUCAAGAUCAUGCCCUUCGGAAUCUCGCAUUAAACGACAACAUAAUAUGGAAUCGAGGUUGCCAAGUCCCACCCACAGCAUCGCCAGGGAUGACGCACUCUUCCUUGACUGCGAGUCUCAUAAGGAGGUGGAAGAGUUUUUGUCACCGAUGUCGGUGGACACUGGUGGAUUCAGCAGCGUGCAUGAGACUAUUGAAAUACGUCAGAUUCUAGAGAGUUACUACACCAACCAACCAUGUAAACCGAUAGAGGUUGAUGGCGCAUCACAGGAAGACCUACCGUCAGUUGACCGGGCGAGAGAUAACACCCCAGCUGAAUGUGCGGAGAAUAUCAAGGUUGUCGUUCGCGUUAGACCGAUUGAUGAUAACGGCAUCCCGGCCAUUCGACUAGUAGACAACGUUGUCGAGGUCCACAAACCAGGAAACGUUCACAGCGUCCUGGAAUCGCAGAGGCCAAAGGUAUAUAGAUACGGCUUCGACAGCGCGUUCGAUGGGGGCGCUUCGCAGCAGGACAUCUACGAGGCCACCGCGAAAGACCUGGUUCCCAAAGCAUUCGAGGGGAUUAACGGGACCGUCUUCGCAUACGGAUGUACCAGCGCGGGAAAGACGUACACGAUGAUCGGAGAUGAAAAGGAAGAAGGAAUCGUGCAGUUGUCGCUAAAGAGCCUUUUCGAACUCAGGCAGGAGCUGUACCCCGAUGCACUCGUGCAUUUCUCGUUCAUGCAGGUGUACAACGAGUGCGUAUUCGACCUGCUGACCACGGGAAACAGGCAGUUGGAUGUCCAGGAGGACAACGGGGAAGUUCGUGUCCCACACCUCACCGUGAUCAGGGUGGAUGACUGCGACAGCGUCCUCGUGCUUCUGGCCAAGGGGAUAAAGGCGAGGAAAAUGGCGAUGACAGACGCGAAUCGACAGUCAAGCAGGUCGCACGCCAUCAUGCAGAUCACUGUGAGCACGCAGCACACCACGGCGAGGCUCUCAUUCGUCGACCUGGCGGGGUCCGAACGCGCUGGUGAAGGCGAGGCGCGCGCCGAACGGCUGAAGGAAAGCUCUUAUAUCAACCAAUCGCUGCUGGCUCUGGCCAACUGCAUCAGCGGCCUCGCAGAUACGACGUCGAGAAAGGCCAGGAUAAAGUACCGUGACAGUAAGCUCACGCUGCUGCUGAAGAAUGCGCUCUUCAACAACGCCGCGGUCGUCAUGAUAACCGCCAUACACCCGGGCUCGCAGUUCAUGAGCGAGAGCUCAAACAGCCUCAAGUAUGCCCAGCGCGCGAAGGAGGUGAAGGUGGCGCUGGAGGCGCCAAGUGCCGAGACGGAGGAGGCUGAUUACGCCGCAGCGCUCAAGGAGGCGUACACUGCAAUCGCGCAUAUAGGACAAAUGCUGCCGGAAUCAGUGCACAACGCAGUGAUAAAGUCGCUGCGGGCGUCGCCCCUGUCCGGCAAGCACGCCUUCGUCAGCCUGCUAAAAACGCUCCGCAAACCCUCCCAUGACACACACUCGUAA